UGUCAGAUGAUUUGAAUAUGUGUCAACGUGUCUCAAAUCAAGCAAAAGUAAUGAUUUUUUUAAACUAAUCAGCCAUGUCACGCAAUAAUCUGCGUGGGGGGCUCAACCCCGAACCAGACACCCCUAAGAUCAGUAUCCUUUGCCUCGAUAUCACUCAUUUUUCCCAACCUAUCCAAUUUUUUAUUUGUAGUGGGGCUGUUUUCGUGUUUUUCAUCCUGUAUGGGUACAUGCAAGAGCUGAUUUUUACAAUCGACGGCUUCCAGCCUUUUGGCUGGUACCUCACGUUAGUGCAAUUCGGUUUUUACAGCGUCUUCGGUCUAGUUGAGACUCGAAUUAGAAACAUAACCUCUCGGUCAAUUCCGCUCCAGACAUACUUCUUGCUCGCACUUCUGACUUUGGGCACCAUGGGCUUCUCCAACGCCUCUCUAGGGUACUUAAAUUACCCAACUCAAGUGAUUUUCAAAUGUUGUAAACUGAUUCCGGUCCUAGUCGGAAGUAUUUUGAUUCAGGGAAAACGGUACGGGCCUUUGGAUUUUAGUGCAGCUGUUUUGAUGUGUGUGGGACUAACAUUAUUCACCUUGGCCGAUUCACAUGUACAGCCUAAUUUUAACACUAAAGGCAUCUUCAUGAUCUCAAUGGCCUUGCUGUGUGAUGCCAUCAUUGGGAAUGUGCAAGAAAAAUCAAUGAAAAAUUACGGGGCCCCCAAUUCAGAAGUCGUUUUGUUCUCCUAUUCAAUUGGGUUUUUGUACCUGUUUAUUGUGAUGGUGGCCACUGGAGACUUCACCGAUGGCUUACAAUUUUUCGCUACUAAUCCUAAAAAAUUGUACGGAUAUGCUUUAAUUUUUUCACUAACUGGGUAUCUGGGGAUUCAGAUUGUUCUCACUCUAGUCAGGACUUGUGGGGCUUUUGCUGCAGUCACUGUUACAACUUGCAGGAAAGCAGUCACUAUCAUAAUAUCAUUUGUGUUUUUCAGCAAACCUUUUACGUUUCAGUAUUUAUGGUCUGGUUUAGUGGUAGUUUUAGGUAUUUAUUUAAAUUUAUUUAGUAAGAAGCAUCCAAUGUCGAUGCAGGACUUGGAGGUUUUUAUAGAGAGAUGUAUCAGGGCGAUCAAAUUAAAAAUUUAUUCCAAACGUCAAGGACAACGCCACUAUACGGCAAACGUUUAAUUUUGUAGAUUUAAGCAAUCAUUUUUUGCCAUAUUUUAUAUUUUCUGUUACGUAAUAGAAUGUGUUCUUUU